AUGCAAUACGUGUCAAGAAACCUUUUUUUUUCAUUCGUUCUCAAAAAGCGUUUCGAUUCGCAUAUCUUCGAUACGUUACUGAGAAUUGCGGUCAACAAUGGGGGCUGCGAUGCCUGGAAAGCAAUCGCGUUGCUAUUGAGAAUCGUGGCGCUUCACAAAGCGCGGUGCACGCCUGUACUGGUGUCACUGGUGCAGGCAAAGUUCCGCAGCAGUCUCGCCCGCGUUUUGGACCAAACUCAAGACUUCCAGCUGGCUAUAUAUCUCGUCAAGAUGCUCUCGUUUCUGGCACCGAAUGGCGAGACACCGUCCACGAGAGUGCGGGGAAACUCGAUUAUUCAUUUGUGGGAAGAUUCGCGCAAAAAUAAAGCCUUUUUCGAAGACUCCGAUUUCAUUGCGUUGGGAACCAGUAAGCAUCCACUGUUUUGCGAUUUCGUCAUAAAGAAAAUAGGACCGCUAUCCAACUUUGGGAUCGCUCGAGCUGUUUCUUACACGACGCGGUCUACUAGCGGAAAAUCUGAUAUUAAGUGUGUUCAGUACACUUGCGACGUGAUUUACGUGUGGACAGCGACAGAAGAGCUCUUCGAAUUCAAUUUGCAAUAUUUUGAAAUUAGUGCCACUGCAACAGGUGUUCUUAAAUUGAAGCUGUUAAGCUCCCCAGCGUCAGCAAUUUCUGUCCUGGACCCCGCACUGGACCAUCCUUGGGCUGCAGCAACAGCUAUCUUUAUUGAAUUCGAUGACGCCAGAUUUAGCCAAAAUUUGCUGAAAAAUUGCCGCCGUCAAAAAGUGAGUGAGUGUACUUCCUUUAUUUCUGUGCAGUUCAACAGCUCCAGUCAGGGAGAAGUUGGUGAGUCUCAGAGCUUUGAACCCCUAGCUCUUCCAACACCAGAAAGAGAGUCAUCAGAUGCGCUUGUAUUACCAAGAAAAAAGGCCGCGACACCGAAGCCAAGUGGGCCGCCUAAUGUCGUGCGUGAAACUGCAGUAGUUCCAAAGCCGCUGAAGUUAGUUUUCCCCAGAGGCAAAAUCCAAAAAGCAAAGAAUAAGCCCAAUAAUCACACUGUGGAAGACGAAUGGGAUUUCAAGCAUUCUAGUGUGGGAAAUCAAGCAAAGUCGGCUUUGGGUUCUCCCGACACGCAUGUCGCAGCAGACUGGAGAGAAGCGGUUAAUGGACGCGAAGGAUCAGAUCCCGAACAGUCGCCGCUCGUAAUGGCACAGAAAAGGAAGCAAGCCAGAAUGAAUCGCAAGAAUAAGGAGGCCUUGGCCAUAGCGGCUACGCAACAGGCAGGAAUUACGUCACUGGGUCUUUUCAAACAACUUUGCGAUGAAAUUGAGACUGAAAAGCCCAAGGGUGCCUCCAAGUCGGUGGUUGUUAAGGAACAUCACCUACAUAAGGCAAAACCCAGCGCUGGAAUUUCAGAGCGUGAGAUUUUGCAGCUUGACAGCAUAUUUAAUAGUCUGGGGCCUUCUGCGCAUUGUAAGACGAAAAAACAGACCGCGAAUGCGUUAGACGCCCAAGUCAAAGCUAAAGAACAUACGAAAGAGCUGCAAAAGAGCCUGCCUGACAAGAAGGGAGGGAAGAGAAAGGCCGAAGAUCUUCCAAUUGCAAACACGCGGGCAACCAGAUCGAAGAAAGAAAUUAGAGAGCCGCUCAAGAGUGCUGCGGGGAACGAAGUGGACGUUGUCGUACAAAAGCCCAUAGCCACAGCGAUGGAUCCCCCCAGCGUAGGGAAGAUCUACACAUCUGCGGCCACCGCUGCCAGUGCUGCCGUUGCGGCGGAGUCCACAAACCUCGAUGCGACGACUUUGACGACUCCAUUUGCGGGCCUUGAUGCCGGUGCCAAGACAAAUAAUCUACUGGGCUCGUCUUUGACACACCAGUUACAGGACCAGAUUUUCAGUUCGAUCCACCAAUUCGCCGACGAGUUCACACGCAAAAUGAAGAUUAUCAACGACGAUUUCAACCGCAAAAUCAGUUCUGAGUUGUCGCAGAAAUACCAACUCUUGUUCGCGCAGCUACAAGACAGUUUUCAACGGGACGUGGCCCAAAUGUCUGAGUACUUGCAAGGAAUCAAGGGAAUGCUACAUUUACCGGAAGAUCAGCUUGUUGACGCCAUUCGGCGCGGGCGGAAACAGUUUGAGUAA